UGCGUUUAGCAUCAUGCUGUGAGUGCUGUUAGUCAGAGCAUAAACAGCCUUUGGGCCGGAUGUGGCUUUCUUCAAGUAGGCUGGCUCUUUGACCGGGGGGAUUCAUUCUGCAACAGGCGGAGAGAGGGACCAAGGCAGGAUGAAGAGGUUAUUUGUGCUCGUGCUGUCUCUCACCUUACUGAUUUUCUUCUCAGGGGCCUCCCCGAUUCUGACGGAAAAGCAGGCCAAACAGGUCCUGAGAUCCCGGCGCCAGGACAGGCCGAGCAAACCCGGGUUCCCCGAUGAGCCCAUGAGGGAAUACAUGCACCAUCUGCUCCGCCUGGAACGCCGUGCUGAGGAGCAGUUCCUGGAGCACUGGCUGAACCCUCACUGCAAGCCCCACUGCGACAGGAACAUGGUCCAUCCUGUGUAAGCAGCUCGGGACCAGCCCCCGCAAGCAUUUUGAUAAACAGCGGCCCGGAUACUAUUGAAACAAGAUGAGGCUCCUUUCGUUUCUUUUUUCGGCUGUGGAAUGGACGUCUUCAGGCUUUGUGAAUUGUGGGCACAGCAGAGGUUGCCUUGGGGAUUGAUGGCAGGUAUUUGUGCUGCUUCAUUUGACUAACGUGCACAACUCAUUAAAACCAAUCGCUUAAACUCCAGGCCCCCCUCCCUGCCCCGCAAUGGCCUUCCUACCACUGCGGCAGGGUGAGCAGAGGGAGAAUCCUUCCUGGGGCCGGUGGAGCUGGGGCCUCCAGAACAGGAGAGGGGUUAGAGAGCAAGCCUUGUUCUGCUAAGUGAAGCACACCACUUGGGGCGGCAGGGGGUUUGGUCAUCGCUUUUUUUUUUUUUCCCCUCUCCUUUUCUGCUGUAAUAAACACUGGUGUUAAGCCUG